GGUGGCGGAGGGACGGACACGGGGACACGGGGACACAGGGACAGAGGGACACCUAGACCCCGAACCGGACGGACCCGGAAGAGCCCAAAGGGACCCGAGCGGAGAAUCCGAAUUGAUCGAGCCGGGAAAAUCCGAAUUGAUCGAGCCUGGAAAAUCCGAAUUGAUCGAGCCCCGAGGGUCGGAACCGGAGCUUUACCGGAAAAUCCGAACCGAACCAUCUCGGAGAGCCCGAACCGGAGCCAUCCCGGUUCUCCCGGUACACUAAACCGAUCCAUCCCGGUUCUCCUGAAAAACCCGAACCAAUCCAUCCUGGAGAGCCCGAACCGAUCCAUCCUGGAGAGCCCGAACCGACCCUUCCGGGGCUGUGGACCCGCACCGGAUCCAACCCAGAGACCCCAAACCCACCGAGCCCAAAGACCCCGAACCCACCGAGCACCUCACGGUGUCCCGGGAGCCGGUUCCACCCCCAGUACCCGGUUCCACCCCCGGUACCCGGUUCCGCUGCCAGAACCGGAGCAGGAGCCGCUGUCACCCCCCGGCAUGGUGGCCCCCGCGCUGCUGGCACUGGCCCUGGGCACCUUGGGUGCCAUCGCAGACAUCCCCAAACCACGGCUGCACUCCCCGAACACCGCGGUGGCCGGCGAGGAUCUCUGGGUUAACUGCUCCCUGUCCCCAAACGCCCCCGAGGACACCAGGGUGAGUUUGGUGGCCCAAAAUCGCUUUGGGUUGCCACUGGACGGGAGCUGCUCGGACCUGGACUGGUUCCUGAAGCAGUGCCAGUAUUUGGUGCCCGAGGAUGAGGAGGGAGAGCUGAACGUGAGCUGCGAGGCGCAGACGAUGCCCUACGGGAGCCGGAGGGAAUCGCAGCAAAUCCGGGUGCACGCCAAACCCCGCCUGGAUUGCCCGGCCCAGCUGAACUGGACCGAGGGUGAGAACGAAAUCCUGGAUUGCCGGACUCGCGGAAUUCCGGAUCCGGAGCUGGAAUGCACCAAGGACGGGAACUCCGUUCCCGUGGGGACUCCGUUCCGCGCCGAGCGAAUCCACGCCGGGAUUUACCUGUGCCGGGCACGGAAUGACCUGGGGAGCGCCGAGAGGAACGUGACCGUCUGGGUGCAGUACUCCGCCCCAGACUCCGCGCCCUUCCCGCUCCUCCCCGUCCUGCUCGGGAGUCUCAUCCCAUUCCUGGCCUUACUGGUCCUUACUGGUUUGUACUGGUGGCACCACCACAGCAUUGAGGUGGGCGAGUACUGGCUCUGGAAACGACACCCGAGGCCACCGGGCCACCAAGGGGCCACCAAGGGACUGCCCUAGGCCGGGAGGCCAAACUGGGACAAACUGGGACAAACUGGGACAAACUGGGAGGGACUG